CAAGCAGCUACAGUUCUUGAGAGCAUAGAUUUCACAGGAACUUGUAACAAUGGCUGCAUUUUGCAGUUUGAAGAAUUUGUGUGAAUAUGAAACUUCUAAAGUUGUCCGUUUUCAGAGUGUUUCCUAUGGGAGUUUGAAAUGGACUUUCCACAUGGCUGUCUUCUUGUAUGUCUGUUAUGUACUUGUCACUGAUAAACGGUAUCAGAAAAAGGACUCUGUGAUCAGCUCAGUUCAUACAAAAGUAAAAGGUGUGGUUCAGGCUGACUCAAGGAUCUGGGACACAGCAGAAUACACUAUUCCUGUGCAGGGAAUAGACUCUUUUUUCGUGAUAACCAACAUAAUUACAACAGAAAACCAGGUUCAAAAUAUUUGCCCUGAGUACCCCAUUGCCAAAGCUAUCUGCUCUUCAGAUGUGAGUUGUAUAAAAGGACACACGGACUCCCAGAGCAAUGGAAUUCAGACAGGAAAAUGUGUGAAAUAUAAUGCAACAAUUAAAACCUGUGAAGUUGCUGCGUGGUGCCCUGUGGAAUCAAUGAAAGGUGCCCCAGUGCCUGCCAUUCUGAAGAGUGCUGAAAACUUCACAGUGCUAAUCAAGAACAAUAUCCACUUCCCAAAAUUUAAUCACACCGCAAGAAAUUUUUCACCAAAACUGAAUAUUUCAUGCACAUUCAACAAGAUAACUGCACCAGACUGCCCAAUUUUUCAGCUGGGAGAUAUUCUCCAAGCAACAGGAGAAAAUUUUUCAGAGAUGGCAAUUCAGGGUGGAAUCAUGGGCAUUGAGAUUAACUGGGAUUGUAACCUGGACAAAUGGUUCCACCGCUGCAGUCCAAAAUACAGUUUUCGUCGUCUUGAUGACAAAACAACAACUGAACACCCUGGUUACAACUUCAGAUUUGCGAAGUACUACAAACUCCCCAAUGGAAAGGAGGAGCGGACACUGAUCAAAGCCUAUGGAAUACGAUUCGACAUCCUCGUCUUCGGCACAGCUGGACAGUUUAACAUCUUUGAGCUGCUGGUAUACAUCGGGUCUGUGCUGUCCUAUUUUGGCUUGGCUCAGUUCCUUAUUGAUUUUCUUAUUACUUCAUACACUUUUCCCUGCUGCAAGGCAUCCAUCAAGAAAUAUUACUUCAGGAAGAAGUGCGAGUCUGCUCCGGGGCCAAAGUGGACCUUGAUGUACGUGUCAUUUGUUGAUGAGCCACACAUUAUUCUGGUAGACAAACAGUUGAGGACAAGUCUACAGAAUGUUAAAGGCGAGAUUGUUCAGAGAUACACUGGGGAUUUUACUGACAUGAUCAAGCUCACAGCACAGUCUCCUCAUCACAUCCCUGCCUUAGCACAAGCCCAUGAGAUGCAGCCCAUUGAAAGUAAAGGGGAAACUUCUCCAUCCCAUGACCGGCCUUCUUGGUGCUGCUGUGGGAGAUGCCAUCAAACGCAGGCUUUCCGGGAGCAACUCUGUUGCCGAAGAAGAGAAGGGUCAUGCAUUACAACCUCGGCUUUGUUUGAGCAGCUUGUUCUUUCUAGAUCAACACUGGAGUUUAUCCUGCUUUACAAAGAUCCCUUGUUGGACUUGAAUACUGAGACUGUCAAUAACCAGCUUCGUCACUGUGCUUACAGACAGUACAUUCACUGGCGUUUUGGCUCUGCUGAGAUGGAGAGCAGUGCCCUGAUGCCGAGCUGCUGCAGGUGGAAGAUCAGAGAAACUUAUCCCAGUGAGGAUGGCAAUUACACUGGUUUGGAGGUUCAGAAAUAAACUUUAUUAAGUAUCAACCAUGAGAUAGCUUCAGCACCACAAUCCAGUUUAUUUCUCACAGUCAAGCCUUGUUAAUUUCUCUUAGGAGACAUUUCUAAAAGAAAAGGGUUUGAUUUCCAGUUUGCUGCUGUGUGCUUGAAUUCCAUAUGCUAUUGUGUUAAUGUGGCAGUAUUACCUAGUGUUUAGCACAGGCAGCUGAGAGUCAGGAGUCUUGGAUUUUGUUCCUCACUCUGCCACUGACACGAUCUCUGUCCUUGGAUAGGGCACUUGGCCCAUAGUUUUCAAAUGCAGCUCCAAUUUUUGUAUGCUCAGUGUUGGAUACCUUGGCCCUGAUGUUCAGAGAUUCUGAGUACUCAACACUCUAACUGAAAACUAGAUUGUGCCAACAACUGUCUGAAGGUGGGAACCCAAACAUUCAGAAAACCAAAAUUAGAGGACAUUUGAAAAUUUGACCCUUAGCCUCUCAAUGUCUCAAUUUCCCCAUCUGUCAAGCCUGGGAUAAUACCUACCUUAGUAAAAGGCUUUUGAGCCUUGGAUGAAAGAUGCUUUAGAACUAUAGAGUAUUAUAGCUUGCUUGGGCCCAGUCCUUCAAACCAUUAUUCAUGUGAGUGGUCUGUAGUCAGACAAGCAAUCCUAAGGAGAACAGGCUUGUGGGAUUGGGCCCCCUGUGUGUGUGUAUUUUAUGUACAAAGUCAUGCACAAAUUAUGUGAGAUUUUAGAUUCUUUCAGAUUUGUGGUCAAUCAAAUCUGUUAUCAGAGGAAACCAGCUCACCUUGAGUGAUAUUAGUAACACAGGAGAAGCGUUUUUAACUGCAGUUAUUAUGUGGAAAAGUGAUGGGCAACCAAGUCUUGUGAGUGGGCUGCAUGAGUAGCCAUCCUUCAUCUCAGUGGGCUGCAAGAUUGAAAUUGCACUAACCAUGUGCACUAACCAUGACCCUAAGAAUAAAAUUAAAUGCAUUACACUUGAUUCUCUCCCUUUAUCAUGCCUUUUCAACACAAAGUGAUGCAUUAUUAGAGGCAAAUUAAAUUACCAGCAAAGUAACAAAAAGCAGAGGGAGAAUAUGGCUCUCACAGUGUUGUGUGCGAUUAGUAUGAGCCUCACAUGUGCCCUUGCUUUAACUACAUGUCACUUCUCAUUUUGCCAAGAGUGGCUCUCCCUCCUCUUCAGGCCCUCCCCCAAAUCCCUGCCUGGCCUCUUCCCUGCCUCCUCCACUGAGUAUGCCAUGCUCCUUCUCCAAAUCUUCCUCCCAGCAUUUCUGGAGUGCCAAGAAUUGGCUGAUUCACACCCUGCUCCUCCCCAUCCCUCUCACAGCUUGAAUGCUGCAAAUCAGCUGAUUCACAGCACUCUAAAAGUGUGUGUGGGGGGAAGUAGGAAAAUACGAGGGCCUCAAAGGUUGCCCAUCACUAAUAGAGGAAUUGAAACGACAACAUUUUCACUGCCUUUCUACAGUAUUUUCAGAAACCUUGGAUCAAAUUCUUUUGUCAUUUACUCAGGUGCUAAUUCAUGAUGGCAUCAUGAUGACAUCUGUGUAAUGGAACCAAUUGCAUAGCAGUAUGCAGUCUCAUGGCAGUAUAUAUAGCCUUGAGACUGAAAAUAUAUGAUUAACCCAGGACUACUCAACUUUGGAAGCCCCAAGGGCCGCAAUGAUACUCAUAGCACAUGCCGAAGCCUGCAACUUAAGUGUGGUUGCUUAUACAUGCAAUUAUAUAUGCAAAUACAUGCAAAUAGCUUCAUUCACACAGUGCCCCUGGCACCUCCUCUCUGGGGGGCUAGAAACACCAACACCCUGUACCUGUCUGUUCCAGCCAGCCUGUCUGCUUGCUUCUUUCAAUGCACUUGGGAGAUGCCUCACUGUUGUAGAGGGUGUUCCCAGUGGAGCCCAAGUUCAAAAGAUCUCACCCGCGGGCUGCGUGUUGAGCCCCAUGUAAACCCAAAUGGCACUGAGGGCUGCACGUGGGCCAUGGGUCACAUGUUGAGUAGCCCUGGAUUAACCUGUGCAUUGAUUUGAGGGAUUUUCUUGUACUUUGACUCAGUCUCACUAGCUAAUUUGCAGCAAUGCGACAAACUGAAUAUUAAUUAGUAUAUACGGGGCCAGUUUCAGUCCUGCAGUACCAUAAAUUUGCGCAACUCUAUAGUUUUGGUUUUAAUUUUUUUUACAUAUUUUUAAAACUGGUGUCUGGAAAAAUAUUUCACUUUUAAUAUGCAUUAAUUGCACUGACAUUCAUGCAACAGCAUCUCAUUGUAGCUAUGGAUUGGGACUGUAUUGUAAUUGUAAAGUUAGUACUGAUACAUUCAUACAUUAGUGUAUAGUGGUUAACACACUUUCUUUGCUUUUGGAACUACUGAUAUUGGAACCUGAGAUAUUUGUUUAGGACUGUCAUUUUAAGGACUUGUUAAAUAUGUUCGUAUGUUCAUUCUGCAAUUUUUUAAAACUUGCGGCCAGUUUUGACUGUUUCCAUUAAUAAAUAGUGUUUAAUCAAUCCACAGGAGAGUGAAAGACUCUCCUUAAUCAUUUAGCAGUACCAUAUUCAUUAAAUUUU